UCCCCUAACCUGCCUUCCUCUUUUCUCCAUUCCCCUAAUCCACUUUCCCUCCCUUCUUCCCUCUUUAUCUUCCCCCUCUCCUUCCCUCUUUACCUCUCUUUCCCUCUGCCUCUCAUUUCUCCUUCCUUCCUUCCCCGCCCACCUUCCCCUCCCCUUCUCAGGAGCGCAUGGCGCUGUCCGCCAUGUUUGUCCUCCCAACAACCCUGCAAGGUCCCGUCACCAUCUGCGGCGAAGUGACCAUCUUGCACGGAGGAUUUCUGCUGGCGUCCAGGCUGUGUCACCCGAAACCUUUAUCCGAACUGGCCAAAUCCGACUGGUCGGUGGUGGGCAAACCCAUCUUAGAAGCACUGCAGGAGAUCUGCACCUCCUAUUCCAGUUAUCCACCCCAGCCCAAUCUCUGGAAGAAAAAGGCCGCCGUGGUCCUCUGGUCCAAAAUCAUCCUUUCGGGCGUCCCGUCCGACGAAAGGUGGAAGAGCGAUGCUUUCUUCUCCGUCAGCAACGCGAUCCCCGAGAUCAACCGUACCGUCCUUUUCGAGCUGUUCAAGGCGAUCAACGCGCCCCGGCUUUUCACCCAGCUGCUUCUGGCGUUGCCGGAUCCCCUCUGCCAAAGAGAACUUCGGCUGUUCGUAGAGUACGUCGCCAAGGAUACGUCUCCGGCUGACGUAGCAUUCUUCCUGGACGUUUGGUGGGAGAUUAUGAAGCACAAAGGAGGCGAAGAAGACCGCUUGGUGCUGCUCUUCCAAAGCGUGACCCACCAACACGUUUUGGAGUCCGAAGAACUGGGCCAGCCGCCAAAGAGGUUCAAGAGCGGCCCUUCGUCCAUGCCGGAGAACUCCACCGUCGCUCUCGUCCUCCCGAUCUUAACCGAAGGGCUCAAAAUGAUCAAAGACAACCUCGGAUCGAGCAGGAUGAAGUGUUACGCCCUUGCUAACUUAGUGGAUGUCUUGUCUGCCUUGGUGGCCACCGAGCCCAAAGCGAAGGUGUUGUCUCCUCAGGCUUACUUGGAGAAGAUCUCCUCAGUGGUCACUCUAUGGAGCUGCGAUGGUGAAAACCGAUACAGCAAGAAGGAUUUGGACGUCAAGGUGAAGGAAGCCGAGAGAAGCAUGAGUUUGCUGGACAUGGGCAAGUUGUCCAAGCAAACGGUGCUCUGCAACUUAAGCUUCCUCCUCUCCUUGUUGAAGGAGUGGUCUUCGGAACUCCAGGUCUUCUUGAAUGACCCUCGGCAGGUCUGCUAUGAAAGCUACCGGCUCCUCGAUUGCUUGGCCUCUUUGCAGAAGAGGUCGAGCGAUGGUGGUCUAGAGGACCUCGACCAAGCCCGAGUGAUGUUGGAUUUGGGCAGAGUCAUCGCAGACCUCCUGAAGAAGGUCAAUCCUGAGACUUGGGGGAAGAGCACCAGCAACGAUCUGCUGGCUUCGGUAGCCAUGAUGAUCAUCGACAAGAAAAUGGACCGGCACAAAGAAGUGUGCUCUGUGUUUGCUAAGGAGAAAAGCUGGGCCUCGAGUAAGGAUUGGGUGGCUUGCCUCGUUAAGAAUAAAGAACUGUUCCAGGAUCCAGAGCUGAUCUUGAAGUUACUAGAGACAGUCGCAUCUCUAGAAUCAUCGGAGGAUUCGUCCAGAAACCAAGAACAACAAACCAAAAUAGUCACCCUCAUACUUGAGUGUUACACCGAACUUUCCUUGCCAGAUAAGAACCAAGUCAUUGCUGGUGUUUUGUCGACGUGGGGCAGACAAGGCCUUUCCAAGCUGAUGGUAGCGUUCUCAAAAAUGUUUCAGGAGGAACUCAACGUGGCCUUCAACCAGAUCAUCAAGAGCGCCUCUGGGGAAAGUUUUAAGAAAGGCAUCCUUGCAGUAUCCCGGCUGGUGGUCCUCAACCCAGAAGGUACCCUCAAGAAGAUCAGUAAUUUAGCUAUUGCCAACUUGGGGACCCAUCAGUACUUGGCCGAGAUCCUCUGUUCAUUCCCGGCUCUGAACUUCCAAGAACCUCGGGAUCCACCGGACGUAUCCGUCAACUUUCUCCUAGAGUGUUUGAAAGAGACGGUUUGGGACCGUCUCUCUUCUCCCAAGGAGAAAGAGCAAUUUUUAGAGUUCCUAGUUCAUCUCAUGCAACCGAGUGGAACGAGCCCUCUCCUGUCUCCUGCAGAGGUUAUCCAAAGCUUGAUCUUCCCAUUCCUGAAGUCAGAUUCUCCCCGAAUUGAGCUCUGCUUGCAAAUCCUUGACAAGGCUUUGAAAGUCCCCUUGGAGCAGAGUUGGAUUCAUACCUGCCACCCGUUUCCACUCCUCUUUUCUCUCUGCAAACUCCUGGAUGGGUUCUGCCAAUAUUGGCACCAACCACAAGACCAAGAGAGAUGUUCCCUGGAGACCAAAGAUUUGGUGGUCACCAACCUAGCACAGCUUUGUGACAUCCUUCUGGUCCAGAAGGACUCCUUGUCUCCACAGCUGUGGACCCAAUCGGUAGCUUGGUUGCACAAGAAGAUCAACGUCUUGGACUGGACCAUCGGCCUCCGCCUGAAGAACGUCUUUGGAGAACAUUUCAAGAACGAAGUCCCGGCUACUCUUUUCGAGGUCUGUAAGCUUCCAGAGGAGGAAUGGACGACUCGUCCGCUCCCAAAUUAUGGGCCAGGCAGUGGGUUGUUGGCCUGGUUGGAAACGUGUUGUGUCUCGACAGCCCUACGGGAGCAGAUGCUUGUUCUCCUCGUAAUUAACGUGGACAACCCUGAAGAAGUCAACCUCUUCAGCAAAGGGUUCUUGGUGGCCCUGGUCCAGGUCUUUCCGUGGUGUAGCCAAAGCGAGUGGAGAAGACUUGUCCACGUGAUCAAAAGUCUCUUGGAACGAGAGAUCCUCUACGUACCUUACUCGCUGGAGUACGUCCAAUAUUUACCGUUGUUGAACUUCCGGCCUUUUGCCUAUCAUCUCCAGUUGUCGGUGCUUCUCUUGCGGGCCUUCCAGUUCCUCUGCGGUUCCAGUGGCACGACGUGGAUGCCAGCGGAGGCCUGGAAACACAUAGGAAGGCUCUACUGCCUCAGCUUGUCCGAUCUGCUGGGCUCGGUGAAGACCAUCGCCCGUGGCCAGUGGCACUCGGCGGAAGAGAAGAACGUCAUCCGGGAGUUGUCCUUCGUUUACAUCCAGAUCUUCUGCCACACGCUUCACGUGGCCGCCAUGUUGCCCGACCAAGGGACCGGGGAACCUCUCCUGCUCCUCUCCUUGGAGAUCCUGUCGCAGUACGAAAUGCUGUACGAUCUCGAUGAAUCGCUGGGGAGCGCCCUGCGCAAGGCCAACGAGACCCACUUCCUGGAAUCCAUCGUGGAGAACGUCGCCAACAAGGAGCUGCGCAGCAUGCUUCUCCAUAAGCUCCAUAAGCUCUGAGGAUCCAAAUUUGGAUUGUUGGAGGCGCAUGGACAGCAGGGCCCUGGGUUGGGGUUCGAGAGAAGCCAAAAAAACCAGCGUUCAGCAGAGGAGAGAAAAAUCUCAACGGGAAAUUUGCAAGCUCUAUUAAUAAACCUUUAUUAUCUCUUUCUUCAGAAGGUUUAUUUGCUGGGGUUGGGCGGGCUGAGGAGAUGCCGGGUAGUCCUCAACUUACAACCUCAAUGGACCACAAACAUUUUCCACUGCUAAGCGAGACCGUUGCGAAGUGAGUUUUGCCUCAUGUUACAGCCUUUUCGUCCAUCCCCUGUCGUUAAGCAAAUCACUUGCAGUCGUUCAGUGAAUCGUGUGGUCCUUAAGCAAAUCGGGCUUCCCGCAUUGUCAGCAUCUGGCUGGGAAGAUCACAAAAGGGAAGAUCACAUGAUCCCAGGACAGCGCAAUUGUCCUAGGUACAUGCCAGUGGCCAGCUGCCCAAAUCUUGAUCACGUGACCAGGGGGAUGCCGCAACAGUCGUUAAGUGUGAAAACUGGACCUAAGUCCCUUUUUUCAGUGCUGUGGUAGCUUCGAAAGGUCGCUAAAGGAAUAGUUGUAAGUCGAGGACUGUGUUUUUCUAAUAGCAUUUAGAUCGGGGGUGUCAAACACAAGGCCCGGGGGCCGCAUCCAGCCUGUGGAGUGCUUAGAUUUGGCCCACAGACCCAACCUGGAAACAGCGAAGAACUGGCCCACGGUGCCUCUGCCAGCAAAACGGAGGCUGGGCAGGCGGUACACAAUCUCCCCGAGGCUCCGUUUUUGCUGGCAGAGGCCUGCAGGAGGCCGUCGCGACCAAAACGGAGCCUUGAUGACUGACGUCGAGCUGGUCCAUCCUGCCCAUGUCCAUCAGCCAGUGGUGGGAUUCAACCGGUUUGGGCAAACCGGUAGUUAAAUUCUGGCUGGCCCCGCCCCUUCCAGGACUCCCCACAUGCCUCAUUUUGGCUCCCAGGGAGCCAAGUGCAGGGACGCCUACUAGGCCCCAAAUGGGUUGUGUGGCGCAGCCUCCCCCCUGCAGCCUGCUUUUGCUCCUAGGAGGCUGCAAGGAGGCCUACUAGGCCCAAAAUGGGGUACAGAGAGGCAGCGCGUCCCUUCCCCUCCGUGGCCCGUUUUUGCUCCCGGGGGGGUUGCAGAAGGCCGAGUGCUGCCUGUCACACGCCCUGGCCAAGCCCACCAUGGCCCCACCCACCCAGCCAGUCAUUAGGGCAGAGAACCGGUUGUUAAAUUAUUUGAAUCCCACUUCUGCCACCAGCCACACCUCCCCCCACCCCUAAAGUCAAACAGCCCUAAUGUGGCCCUCAAUGAAAUUGAGUUUGACACCCCUAAUUUAGAUCGCAAGGCUGAGGGAUUCUGGGAGUUGAAGUCCAGACAUGGCGAAAUUUGAAAACGGGACUGGCAGACAGUGCACAGGUAGUCCUUUAAUUACAACCGGUCGCUAAGCAAUCGCUCUUAAGUUCCGAUGGACCUGCUUAAGGCUACUUAUAAGCCGGUUUUAAGCUUCCAACUAACUGCCACCCUGAAUUCCCUCCCCUACCCCCCCAAUGCCACACGAACGCAUUUGGGACAUUCGGCAACCGAACGUCAACCGUUACAACCGUUGGCAUUGUGCCUUGGUUGCAAUUUACAAUGUGUUUUUGUUGGUUUUUUUAAACCGGAAACUUGUGGGUUUCCUGCAAAAUCCGCCCAUUGCAAAACAAUGGGCUCGUUUAACAAGCACAGCAUUUUCUUAACGACUGGGUGGCUCACUUAAUGACCACUGAAAAAAAAAAGGGGGGGUGUAAAAUCAGCUGUUGAUAUGUGGCCACCCGCUUCACACUCCGUAGGACUCUUGGACCGUAAUUUAGAGCUCAGUUACGGUCAUAACUCAAGGACUUUCUGUAUUUGGGGUGUAUAUGCCAACCUUGGGGCAUCCUCAUGUUGUAGGAACAAAAAUGCAGAAAACAGUCUA